AUGGAGUUCUUCACUCAACUCUUCACCUCCAAACGAGGGUCCCUGGCCAGGAUCUGGCUUGCAGCUCAUUGGGAGAAGAAGAUAACCAAAGCUCAUGUAUUUGAGUGCAACUUAGAGAUGACUAUCAAAGAUAUCAUUUCUCCUCCGAUCAAGAUUGGUCUGCGGACUUCAGGUCACCUGCUCCUGGGCGUUGUGCGGAUAUAUUCUAGGAAAGCCAAAUAUCUGCUUGCGGACUGCAAUGAUGCUUUGGUUAAAAUCAAAGUGGCUUUUCGACCAGGACAGACUGAUUUGCCUGUGGAAGGCAUGGAGGCCAUGUUAAAGGCCAUUACACUGCCAGAAGAAUUCACUGACUUUGACUUACAGCUGCCUGAUCUCAGCACCAUUGACGUGGUAGAUCACUUCUCCCUGAAUCAGAGUCGCACAGAGGAAAUCACUCUGAAAGAAAACUUUGGAAACAGCUUUCUCACCAUGGAGGACAUUGGGGAUGAUACUCAGUCUCAUCAGGGUCUGUUUGACAUGAGUUUCCACACUCUCAGCACAACUGGUGAUGGUUUUGGUGAUGAGGGGAUGACUUUUGACCUUGUUGAGUUCAUAGCAAAUGCGAAUGAAAAUGCUCUCCUGACUGACUCCAAUGGCAAUUCACCUUAUGAGCUCCCUGCAACACCCCCACCAACUGCUAUCAGUGUAACAGCUCCAAAGACUGCCACACCUAUACACUCUGCUUCAGAUGCCUUGACCGAGACUCCUACCAUCAAUGAGACCACGCUGCUGGACAAUAUAGAUGAAGGCUUUGCCCUUGAGCCUGUGGUCAUCACACCCACUUCAGAGAGGAAGAGAGGGAGCCGGAAGAGGAAGCUGGUGGUAGAUCAGUCUAAGGAGCUUUCUAAUGAAGCCAUCAGAGCCCAGCUAGCUGACUGCUCUGACCUUAUGACCUCACUGGACAUAGCUCCACCCACACGGCAGCUCAUGGACUGGAAGGAGAAUGGAGGAGUGGAUUAUCUGUUCUCACAUUUCUGUGUUCCAGUCAUACACACUGACUUGCAGAAGCUGUUCCAUAGAGAUAUGUUUCCUGGGAGACGGAGGUCGACUGGCAAAGUGGUAGAGGACAGAGACCCCGAGGAGAUGAGGCAGCAGGGGAGAGAGGCUAAUGGUGAGAACAAUUCCGUUUCUUUGACGGAGGAGAUAAGCUUGCUCCAGGAGACUGUGGAUCCAGACAGAGAACCAGAGGCAGGCAGCUUCUUAGAGCCGAGCAUCACCCACACAGAGCCUCUUAAGUCCUGGGAGACUGCCAAAGAGGAGAGCAGGUUGGAGGCUUUGUAUCCUGAGCCACUCUCUGAAGAAUCCAUGCUGGUACAUCCAUCUGGAGUGGAGAGGGAAACCCCACAGACCCAAACACAGACACAGGUAUCUGCGUUGGACACCCAGGACAUUGAAGAGAAGAGAAUGACCACUCGAGCCCAGAAUCUCCUCCAGGCCCUUAAAAAUCAGAGCAGCAGCCCCGAUGCCGUGUUCAGUCUUCACAGUCUUUGUGAAAGGAGAAGCCGCUUCAAAGUCGCAGCCACAUUCUUCUGUUUCUUGGUGCUGAAGAAACAACGAGCCCUUGACCUGCACCAGAGCACCCCCUACAGUGACAUCAUCGCCACCCCUGGUCCUCUUUUUUACAAGCUUUAA